UGUGGAGAGUGACGAUGUGGAGGGGCAGGCGCACAUGAGACUGCAAGUCUAUCGUGCUCGAGAGUUCCUCCGCCCAGAACUCUCGUGUCUCUGUUCUGCUGCUUUGCCUGUCUCGCAGACACGUCUCGGGAACCUUCAUCCACUCGGAGCGCUUGCAAUUCCCCUUGAGCGCCCUCGAUCCAAGCAGCUAGCACGUUCAUCGCCCGCCGCUUUCCCAGCGCUACUGCUUGCCCCAUCUUGGACGAACGAGUGUUAGAUAUAUAUCUUGGACACCACCCCGGCGCCUUCGCAGCGCGACUUAGCGUCAGCAUCUCUCCAGGCCUAUCGCCUUCACCCUCCUCGACACCCUCUCGAACAGAUUCUCGACUCGAUCUCAGCGACGCAUGUUGCACCAAGACAACCAUGCCUGACGCAAUCCUCGACGACAUCUCCCACCGCCGUUACAACCUGCUCAGAGGGUCAUGGGUGCUUGUGUCGCCUCAUCGGACAAAACGUCCAUGGCAAGGAGCACAGGAGGAGGCGAGCAAGAAUACAUUGCCGGAAUACGAUCCUUCCUGUUAUCUGUGCCCACGCAACAAGCGCGCACAAGGCGAUUCGAACCCCGAUUAUAACAGCACAUUCGUCUUCGUCAACGAUUAUUCAGCUGUCAAAGAGCAGCAGGAAGAGUACGAUGCACCGAAGGAGAAUGGCACAUUAGCGUCGCGUCUCCUCAAAGCCGAGAGCGUUACUGGCAAAUGCUACGUGAUCACAUUCUCACCUUCGCACAACCUCACAUUGGCCGACAUGCCACCUCAAGACAUCAUGCCUGUAAUAGAGACCUGGACCAAGAUUUACAUCGCCCAUCUCGAUCCUCAAUCACCACUCGCUGGAAUUGCACAACAAAUACCCAACGGGACAGCCAUUGGGCAGCCCAGAGACCAAUACCGAUACAUGCAAAUAUUUGAGAACAAAGGCGCCGCAAUGGGUUGCUCGAAUCCUCACCCACACGGACAGGUCUGGACGACUACUUCUUUGCCAGAGGAGCCAAGCCUCGAGCUUCAGAAUAUGCAGCAGUAUCGACGAGACCAGAAGGGGUCCCACAUGCUGGUUGAUUACGCGCAACUCGAAUGUGAGAAGGGCGAGCGAACGGUAUUCGAGAACCGAAGUUUCUGGGCUGGAUGUCCCUGGUGGGCGACCUGGCCAUUCGAGGUCAUGGUGAUCGCAAAGUCGCACAAGCGGGCUCUGGUCGACUUUGAUCAAAGCGAAAAAGAGGAUUUGGCUGAGGUUCUUUCGGAGAUUACGAGGAGAUAUGACAACCUCUUCGAGACGAACUUCCCUUACAGCAUGGGCAUUCACCAAGCGCCCCUAACAGGCACAGACGAGGAGAUUGAGGCUUCGCAUUUCCACAUCCACUUCUACCCACCUCUUCUCCGUAGCGCGACUGUCAGGAAAUUCUUGGUUGGAUACGAACUCAUGGCAGAGCCACAACGCGAUAUCACUCCCGAGCAAGCUGCCAAGCGAUUACGGGACUGCGGUGGCGAUCUGUACCGCAAGAAGUUAUAAUUCGCCGCCAAUUGUUAUCCAGCGGCCGAUCAAUGCGAUUUAAUGCAUAGAUGAGCGAGGAGGCAUUGCGCGGAGUUUUGGUGUGAAAUGUUACAUCUUAGACGGGGAUUGUGAGGAGCAUCAACCUCCCACCUACAUUUAGAUGGAGUGGAAAUAUUCUAUCUGGAUUACUUUCCCACGUUGGUCUCGUUU